GUGAUUGGCUGAAUAAAUGCAUGAUAAAUCCUCAAGCGUCUACAGGAAUGUAAAUAAAAAAAUGUGAAAUGAUAACUUUCACAAGUGUACAAAACAAUGAAACGCACAAAAUCUGAACAUUUGCAUUCAACAAUUUCUCAAUAUCUGAAAAGAAGACAAUACUCGGAAAGUGAGACAACCCAAAAGAAGGAGUCUAGAUGGGUGCAACAACUACCUAGCAUGGCAUUAAAAGGUUCCACAUCAGGGGAGAUAACUCAGGACAAUACAUUAUCAUUUAGCAGCAUAUCUGGCGAUGCCGCAUUAUCAGAGCAAAUAUUUACAAGGUUGAAGACAUUUCUCGGAGAGAAGAUAGCUCUGCAGAAUGUUGAUUUACAAACCUUGUUGUUCCCAGUAUUUGUUCAUAUCUACAUAGAAAUGCUGAGUAAUGGCCACAAAGCACCAGCUCACAAGUUUUUUGGCCGCCACAGUAGCUUGUUUAAAACAGAUGUUGAUCAACAGAGCAUUCUCGAUCAACUAUCAAAGCUCUAUUCUAAGGCUGACAUGAUCUCAUGUAAGGAAGUACAGGCCUUCAAAGAUAUGAAAUAUCAAGUAUUUCUUCCUAGGAAUAAAUUUGAAAGUUUGCAGAGAUUUAUAAAGAAUGAUGACAACAUGAUGCUGUUACAGAUAUUGAAUCAACACAUACAACUUCAAGUUUGUGUAGUUGCAGGCGUAUACAGUAGAGCUUCAACACCGUACGAGCAGGUUAAAACUGACUUGAAUCCAACACUAGGCCUUCAAGACGAGAAACUUGAAAAUCGUCAGCAGCAACCGAUCUCACCAGCCGUUAUACCAGACAAUAAGGUUGUACAAGAUGACCUUGGUCUGUCAAGUUUGAAACAGAUCAUUAAAGAAGUGAAGGACGGUCCACCAGGAUUACCGUCGAUAUGUUUCUACAGUUUUCUCAAUGCAUAUCAAGGGCUGUGCUGUGCCUCUACAUCUGACAAUAGUACUUACCUGAGCGGAGGUUUUGAGGACAGUUCAGUAAGACUAUGGAGGUUGUUACCAGGCUCGUUCCCCGCUGUGGACAACAGUGACGGUCCUUCUGUCAUACACCUCGCAGCCAAUUAUCUCAAAGUUCUAGAUGAUGAAGAAGAUAAAAAAUGUGAGGAGAAAGAAUGUCUUGUGUUAAGAGGUCAUACAGGAAGUGUGUAUCAAGCGAGGUUCUCCUGGGAUUCCAAGUUUCUUUUUACCUGUUCAGAUGAUACAACAGUUCGACUUUGGGAUAUAGAGAAACAAACAAAUGCUGCGGUAUUCAGGGGCCAUAACUAUCCAGUGUGGGAUGUAGAUACAAGUGCAAUGGGUGAUUAUUUUGUAAGCUGUUCACAUGACCAGACUGCCAAAUUGUGGUCGUCAGAGAGAACGUACCCAAUCAGAAGUUUUAUUGGACACACAUACGAUGUUGACUGUGUAAGGUUUCAUCCCAAUAGUAACUAUGUGGCUACAGGUUCAGGUGAUAAGACGGUUAGAAUGUGGAGUAUACAGGACGGCAAGUCUGUACGUCUGUUGCCGGGACACAAAAGUUCAAUCCUCUCCCUAGCGUUCUCACCAAAUGGCAUGCUGCUGGCCUCAGCAGGUGAGGACAGGAGGAUACGUGUUUGGGAUCUGAGGAACGGCCAGCUGUUUAAAGAGUUCAGAGGUCAUACUGACACUAUAUAUUCCCUCAGUUUUAAUCAGAACAGUUCAACGCUUGCCUCAGGUGGAUUAGACAGCUGUAUUAGAGUAUGGGACUUGAGAAAAUCAGCUGGAAGUUCAUUGUCAGCGUCAGACAACCAUAACUCUGCGGAACUUCUCGGAGCCUUCCCCACAAAGUCAAUCCCCGUGAUAUAUCUAAAUUAUACAACUCAUAAUGUACUACAGGCUGCAGGAGCUGUAUGAUUUAUUAUAUUUGUAUACUAAUAUGUUAGUGUGAAAACAUUGUGGUUACUAUGCUGUGCAACCAAUGUGGCCAGUGAUAUUUGCAUACCAGCCAGAAAUUCUCGCAAGCUAAACAAGUUAAACGAGAACUGUGGUGAUUUGUUUGCAACCAAGCCAGGAUAAAUGUUGGUUGACAUGCAGUCCAGCCAGGAUAAUUGCUGAUCAACUUGCAGUCUAGUCAGGAUAAUUGCUAGUAAGCCUGCAGUCCUGCCAGAAUACUUACUAUCAAGUCAGGGUAAUUUUGGUUAACAUUGAAAUCCAGCCAGGAUAAUUGCUUGAAAAUGUAAAGUGCAGCCAGGAUAAUUGAUGGUUAACUUUAUGUCCAGCCAGGAUAAUUGUUGGUUUACUUGCAGUCAAGCCAGGAUAAUUGUUGACUUACUUUCUGUACAGUCAGGAUAAUUGUUAGGUUACUUGCAGUCCAUCCAGGAUAAUUGUUGACUUACUUGCUGUCCAGCCAGGAUAAUUGUUGGUUUACUUGCAGUCCAGCGAGGAUAAUUGAUGGUUCAUUUGUUGUACAGCCAGGAUAAUUGUUGACUUACUUGAAGUCCAGCCAGGAUAAUUGUUGGUUAACACUUGCAUGUCCACUUUGAUUUCUUGCUGUAGAUAAUGCAUUUCUUUGCAUUUAACCAAGACUGCUGAUUGGUUGCUGGUAACUUGCAUUUCAGGCAAUGUUGUUUGUUGCAAGUCAGGCUUUCUAGCAAGUAGAGCAGUCAAAACAUGUAUAACAAGAAAGACUUUGGAAUGUUUUCCUAGCUUUUCAGUCAGGAUAAUUUAUUAGUGCUCUUGCAUUUCAAGAAAUUUAAGCAUACCUGUUGAAUAAAACUACAUGUAUAUUACAGACAGAAGAGACAUGUAGAAUGUGAUCUCUUUUUUAAUGAGAUUAUUUGCUACUUUUUUGAAAAAUCAUGGUAAUUUGAUUCCAUACAUUUUUAGCUCACCUGUCACAAAGUGACAGGGUGAGCUUUUGUGAUCGCUUUUCGUCCGGCGUCCGUCCGCCGUCCGUCCGUCCGUAAACUUUUGCUUUAAAUGACAUCUCCUCAUAAACCACUGAGCCAAUUUCAUCCAAACUUCAUAGGAAUGUUCCUUUGGUGGUCACCUUUAAAAAUUGUUCAAAGAAUUUAAUUCCAUGCAGAACUCUGGUUGCCAUGGCAACCGAAAGAAAAAUCUUUAAAUAUCUUCUUUUAAACAACCCUAAGAGCUAGAGCUUAGAUAUUUGGCAUGAAACAUCUUCUAGUGAGUGUCUACCAAGUUUGUUCAAAUAAAAGCCCUGGGGUCAAAAUUGGCCCCGCCCCAGGGGGUCAUUGAUUUUCCCUAUAUGCAUAUACAUGUAGUAAAAACUUAAAAAAUCUUCUUUUAAAGAACCCUAAGAGCUAGAGCUAAGAUAUUUGGCAUGAAACAUCUUCUAGUGAGUGUCUAACAAGUUUGUUCAAAUGAAAGCCCUGGGGUCAAAAUUGGCCCCGCCCCGGGGGUCAUUGAUUUUCCCUAUAUGCAUAUAGUAAAAACUUAAAAAAUCUUCUUUUAAAGAACCGUAAGAGCUAGAGCUAAGAUAUUUGGCAUGAAACAUCUUCUAGUGAGUGUCUAACAAGUUUGUUCAAAUUAAAGCCCUGGGGUCAAAAUUGGCCCCGCCCCGGGGGUCAUUGAUUUUCCCUAUAUGCAUAUUGUAAAAACUUAAAAAAUCUUCUUUUAAAGAACCGUAAGAGCUAGAGCUUAGAUAUUUGGCAUGAAACAUCUUCUAGUGAAUGUCUACCAAGUUUGUUCAAAUAAAAGCCCUAGGAUCAAAAUUGGCCCCGCCCCAGGGGGUCAUUGAUUUUCCCUAUAUGCAUAUAGUAAAAACUUAAAAAUCUUCUUUUAAAGAACCCAAAGAGCUAGAGCUAAGAUAUUAAGCAUGAAACAUCUUCUAGUGAGUGUCUACCAUGUUUGUUCAAAUUAAAGCCCUGGGGUCAAAAUUGGCCAUGCCCCGGGGGGUCAUUGAUUUUCCCUAUAUGCAUAUAGUAAGAACAUAAAAAAUCUUCUUUUAAAGAACCGUAAGAGCUAGAGCUUAGAUAUUUGGCAUGAAACAUCUUCUAGUGAAUGUCUACCAAGUUUGUUCAAAUAAAAGCCCUGGGGUCAAAAUUGACCCCGCCCCAGGGGGUCAUAGAUUUUCCCUAUAUGCAUAUAGUAAAAACUUAAAAAAUCUUCUUUUAAAGAACCGUAAGAGCUAGAGCUAAGAUAUUUAGCAUGAAACAUCUUCUAAUGAGUGUCUACCAAGUUUGUUCAAAUAAAAGCCCUGGGGCCAAAAUUGGCCCGCCCCAAAAACUUAAAAAAUCUUCUUUUAAAGAAUUCAAAGAACUAGAGCUAAGAUAUUUAGCAUGAAACAUGUUCUAAUGGGUGUCUACCAAGUAUGUUCAAAUAAAAGCCCUGGGGUCAAAACU